ACCAUUGCCCUGGAGGAAGCGGGUGGAGAUUGUCCUGGGAGCCCUGGGUCUCACCUCUGCUCCCCUCCCUCCCGGCUUGGUGGGGAGGAAAAGGCCUGGGGAAGGAGCUGGCGGGGGUGGGGCCUGCUGCCCUGGGCAUGGGCUCUGGUCUCUUGUCCCUAACUGUAACAUGGGGAACCCCCAGGCACACCCAGGCCUCCUUCAUGUCCCACAGCUCCUCCUGUGUCUGCUCUGGCUUCUCCCAUUGUUUCAAGUGGCCAGGCUGAGCCAGGUGCCCAGAGAACAACCCCUGUGGCCCCUGCUGGAACAGUACUGCCGCACCAUGGUGUCCCUGGCUGACCCCUCAGGUCCCUACUCCUACUGCAACACGACCUUGGACCAGAUCGGGACAUGCUGGCCCCGGAGCGCGGCCGGAGCCUUCGUGGAGAGGCCGUGCCCCGAAUAUUUCAACGGCAUCAAGUACAACACGACCCGGAAUGCCUACCGAGAAUGCUUAGAGAAUGGGACGUGGGCCUCAAAGAUCAACUACUCACAGUGUGAGCCCAUUUUGGAUGACAAGCAGAGGAAGUAUGACCUGCACUACCGCAUUGCCCUUGUGGUCAACUACCUGGGCCACUGUGUUUCCAUGGUGGCCCUGGUGGCCGCCUUCCUGCUUUUCCUGGCCUUGCGCCAUGUAGGAGCUCUGACCCUGGGGGACCUGUCCCGGCUGACCUGGGUUCACCUGGCCUCCCCCAGGAGCAUCCGCUGCCUGCGGAACGUGAUCCACUGGAACCUUGUCACCACCUUCAUCCUGCGAAAUGUCAUGUGGUUCCUGCUGCAGCUCAUUGACCACGAAGUGCACGAGAGCAACGAGGUCUGGUGUCGCUGCAUCACCACCAUCUUCAACUACUUCGUGGUCACCAACUUCUUCUGGAUGUUCGUGGAGGGCUGCUACCUGCACACGGCCAUCGUCAUGACCUACUCCACUGAGCGCCUGCGCAAGUGGAUCUUCCUCUUCGUGGGAUGGUGUGUCCCCUGCCCCAUCAUUGUCGCCUGGGCCAUUGGCAAACUCUGUUAUGAAGAUGAACAGUGCUGGUUUGGCAAAGAGCCCGGUGACCUGGUGGACUACAUCUACCAAGGCCCCAUCAUCCUCGUGCUCCUGAUCAAUUUUGUGUUUCUGUUCAACAUUGUCAGAAUUCUCAUGACAAAAUUACGAGCAUCCACCACAUCCGAGACAAUCCAGUACAGGAAGGCGGUGAAGGCUACCCUGGUCCUCCUGCCCCUGCUGGGCAUCACCUACAUGCUCUUCUUUGUCAACCCUGGUGAAGAUGACCUGUCGCAGAUCGUGUUCAUCUAUUUCAACUCCUUCUUGCAGUCUUUCCAGGGUUUCUUUGUGUCUGUCUUCUACUGCUUCUUCAAUGGAGAGGUGCGCUCAGCCGUGAGGAAGAGGUGGCACCGCUGGCAGGACCAUCACUCCCUCAGAGUGCCGGUGGCCCGGGCCAUGUCCAUCCCCACGUCACCCACGAGGAUCAGCUUCCACAGCAUCAAACAGACAGCUGCUGUGUGAGCCCCGGGUCGCGCACCUGCCCGGGACUCCUCCACCACAGAGGCAGCUCCCCACCGUCCUCCUUCUCCCUCGUUGUUGCACGGCCCCAGGGACAAAGGAGCAGGGAGAGGAGAGACCAGCCCUACAGCCUGGCAGAAAAGACGCGGUACUGAGUGGAAGGGUACUCUGAGGGAUGUGGGGCCUGCUGCGGCCCGCAAGUCAAGUCUCCGCGCAAGAAGCAGGGGAGGAUCGCCGUGGGAGCUCCCGAGAAGAGCAGGCAGAUGCCUUUAUCCACUUGCCCAUGCAAGCCUCUCUUGAUGGGUCUUCACUGUAGCCCACUCACAGAUGAAGAAGCUGAAGCCCACAGAAAAGGCCUGCCCAAGUCACGGGGCUCACGACCCCGGUCCCAGUGCCCGUGGCCCCUUGACAGUUUAGCCCUGCUUCCUGCUUUCUGCCUCCACACUCAGGGCGCCCCCUGCAGCUGGGAAGUCAAGGGUUACCCACCUGGCUUCACUCUAGGGACUGUCAGCCGGAGAAGCCUCCCUUGCACUCUAUCCGUGGCUGGCUGUCUCUCCCCUCUCCCCGGCCACCCCACUCCUGGGGCUUCAGCCAGCAUGCUCUCUCCUCCCUGGGGACCUCUUCUCCGGCCAGUACUCACAUUGGGGACUUGGAAAGGGCAGGUCAGCGGGGAGAGGCAGCCACCCAAGCCACCCUUAGGCCACCCAGAUACACAGCACAGAAAAAGUGGGGAGCACAAGUGUGGGGGUAGGAGGAAGGAGUGGGGUAGAGAUAGUGUAUUUGGUGAUGAAAACUAAUCCCCAACCCCUCACUGACCUGGGUCUCAGCCUCCCCUAUGCUAUCUGUGAAAUAAACCACAUCUCGGAA